GUCAUCACAACGCGCCUUUGUUGUUGGACGGCUGCAAAGCCCCGUCGCAACUAUUUGUCAUGAAGAAGACGGCCAGAUAAACUUCCACAAUGAGCGUGGCUGGUGUUUGACAUCCGCCCAGCAUCCCAACAAGUGGGAUUAGACGCAAGUCACGUCGGAGAAGAAGUCCCCUUUGUCUCGAGCAAGUUUGACGGCCGAAGAGAGAGGACACAUGUCGUCUGCCGCAGAGACCGUGGAAAAUGCUUCCAUCAUCUCCGAGAGCGGCACCCAUGAGGGGAACCGUCUGUGGAUAGGCAACAUCGACCCCAAAAUCACAGAGUAUCACCUGGUGAAGCUGCUGGAGAAGUUUGGAAAUGUCAAGCAGUUUGACUUCCUCUUCCAUAAAUCUGGGCCGCUGGAGGGGCAGCCACGUGGUUACUGCUUUGUCAACUUCAACACCAGAGAGGAGGCGGAAAGGGCCAUCCAGUGCUUGAACGGCAAGCUGGCGCUGUCCAAGAAGCUGGUGGUGCGCUGGGCGCACGCGCAGGUAAGGAGGUUUGAAGGUUUCCGCAACGACAAGACCAUGCCUUCCAGCUUGGAGCCGUCGAGCAGCGGGGCGGCGGCGGACGGAGCGCUGGCGACAAACCACCUCAGUACGAGCGCUAAGAUCCGCGCCAUCGAGGCCAAGCUGCAGAUGAUGGAGGAGAAUCCGGAUGAUGAUCUAUCAGGACCGUCUGCCUACGUCUACAACAAGCCUCCCGAGAGGAAGCGCUGGGAGCCCUACUCUAAAUCUCACAGCAGACCCUUUCGCAGGUUCAGGAGAUGACCCCACCCCGCCCGCCAAAUACUGGCUUUUAUUGAGAGACUUUUUGGCCAGCUUGUAUGUGAGAGUGUUUACAGCUGGGGCUGUUUGCAGACAUGCUAGGGGGCGCUAUCACCGCACGUAAACUAGGCGAGGGAUGUUGUUGGUCCCCAAGCUUCUACUUCUCAGGCACCCACCCACCCAGUCCUAUGCCAAGUCCGAGGGUGUCCGCAGUGCGUCAACCGCCUGCACUCGCCCGUCACUUCAGCAGCACUGAGAGCAAACUACCUCUGGGCCAAGGGGGUGUCCAAAGUGCAGGCCUGCGGCUUAUUUUGUAUUGGCCCCCGACAGAUCGUAAAAAUAAAAGUCAUUUAUUGUUAUUGAGAUAUGUUUUCGGUAUAGUGCUGUCAAUUCAUUUUCAAAAUCAAAUGAAUCAAACUUCAUUUUUUUAUUUGUUUUAUGUUUGUACAUGUUCUGUCCUGCCACUCAAGCAAAUCGUACUUUUGAUAAAAAUGUAUUCAUUAUUAUUGAGAUACGUUAUGGAGUGGCGACUUGUCCAGGGUUUACCCCGCCUUCCGCCUGACUGUAGCUGAGAUAGGCGCCAGCAACCCCAAGAGGGAAUAAGCGGUAGAAUAUGGAUGGAUAUACAAAUUGCUGUCAAUUCUUUUUUUAAUCGGAUCAAUCACACUUUAUUUAUUUUUUUCUUAUAACAUGUUUUGUCCAGCCACUCAGGCAAAUCAUAUUGUCGAUAAAAUGCUUUUAUUAGUAUUAUUCAGAUAUGUUAUACGUAUCGCUACCCCAUAAGGGACAAACGGUAGAUAAUGGAUGGAUACGUAUUGCGGUCAAUUAUUUUUUCAAAUCAGAUUAAUCACACUUCUAAUUAUUAGUAUUAAUAUUAUUUUUUAUAACAUGUUUUGUCCAGCCACUCAGGCAAAUCAUAUUGUCGAUAAAAUGCUUUUAUUAGUAUUAUUAAGAUAUGUUAUACGUAUCGCUACCCCAUAAGGGACAAGCGGUAGGUAAUGGAUGGAUGGAUACGUAUUGCGGUCAAUUAUUUUUUUCAAAUCAGAUUAAUCACACUUCUAAUUAUUAGUAUUAAUAUUAUUUUUUAUAACAUGUCCUGUCCUGCCACUCAGGCAAAUCAUAUUGUCGAUAAAAUGCUUUUGUUAGUAUUAUUAAGAUAUGUUAUACGUAUCGCUACCCCAUAAGGGACAAGCGGUAGAUAAUGGAUGGAUACGUAUUGCGGUCAAUUAUUUUUUCAAAUCAGAUUAAUCACACUUCUAAUUAUUAGUAUUAAUAUUAUUUUUUAUAACAUGUCCUGUCCUGCCACUCAGGCAAAUCAUAUUGUUGAUAAAAUGCAUUUAUUAUUAUUGAAAUAUGUUACACGUAAUGCUUUGAAAAAAAAAAAAAUCUGAUUAAUCACAUUUUAUUUUAUUUUAUUUUUGUACAUGUCCUAUCCAACCACUUAGACAAAUCAUAUUCUUGAUAAAAUUCAUUUAUUACUAUAUGUUGUACGUAUUGCUGUCAACAAUUUAAAAAAAAAAUCAGAUUAAUCACUCUUAAAACGUUUUUUUUUUGUAUUUUUUUUUUAUAUAUAUAUGUCUUGUCCAGCCACUCAGGCAAAUCAUAUUGUUGAUAAAAUGCAUGUAUUGUUAUUGCGAUAUAUUUACACAGAGUGCUUAAAAAAAAAAAAAAAGAUCUGAUUAAUCACACUUUUGAUUUUAUUCCGUUUUAUUUUAUUUUUUUAACAUGUCCUCUCCAGCCACUUAGGCAAAUCAUUUACUUUACCAAAGAGAAGUCUGGGGUAUUUCUCUCGUCGCUCUACACUUUUGAAUUUGGAUUAAUCACGAUGAAUCACAAGAAUUGCUAGUAGUCGAUCCGUUUUUAAAUAACUUAUGCAUUUCAAAUUAUUUGGAGGGAAAAAAAGACUCAAAUUAAAUGGUGUUAGAAUAGAUUAAAAAGGUAAACGAGUAAAAUAAAUGAUAGUAAUCUGCAUAUCCCUUUGAUUAAUGCAAUAUUUGUUUGGGAUUAAUUGCAUGAGUUAACUUUGUGACGGUCCUGGUUAUUAAAUUACACCAGUUCUUCUCAAAUAUUUGCUAUACUUGAUAGUUUAAUAACUUAAUAGUUAUUAUAAAUAGUGUAGUUUGUCUAUAAAAUGGUAAGUAAACCUCUGCAUAACAUUGUAAUCUUAUUAGCAUUAAAGGAAACAACACAGCGGUCUUUCCUCAUGGUUACAGUGAAGCCAGUUUAGCAUAUAUUGACACACAAUUAUACUUUUUAAAUCAGAUUAAUUGCAAUUGAAUUUGGAUUAAUCAUGAUUAAUCGCAACUAUUGCUAGUAGUCGCUCGCUUGCCUGAUUUUAAUCAACCUAAACAAUAAAAAUCUUCUAUAAAACACCCUAGUAAUUGGACACAAAUUAUAUGUUAUUGUUAGACUCGAUUAAAAGGUAAACAAGACAAAUAAAUGAUUAAUCUGCAUAUACCUGUGAUUAUUGCAUUAUACGUGCUUAAUUGCGUAAAUUAACUUGAUAUUUUUGACAGCCCAAGUAGUAUGGUAAUAAUUCCCAACACAAAGCUAACGUGGAUAUUUUGUUCAGAUUUAUUGGUGUAUGUUGACAUACAAUUAGAUUUUUUAACUCAGAUUAAUCACACUUUUGAAUUGGGAUUAAUCAUGAUUAAUCACAAGUAUUGCUAGUAGUCGCUCACUUUCCUGAUUUUAAUCAACUUAAACCAUUGGAAUCAUUUAUCAAAGACCCUAGUAUUUUGACACAAAAAAUGUUUUAUUGUUAAAAGAAAUUAAAAGGUAAACAAGCCAAAUAAAUGAUUAAUCUGCAUAGACCUGUGAUUAUUGCAAUAUACGUGCUUAAUUGCAUAAAUUAACUUGAUAUUUUUGACAGCCCAAGUAGUAUGGUAAUAAUUCUGAACAAAAAACUAACGUGGAUAUUUUGUUUGGAUCUAUUGGUGUAUAUUGACAUAGAAUUAGAUUUUUUAACUCAGAUUAAUCACACUUUUGAAUUGGGAUUAAUCAUGAUUAAUCACAAGUAUUGCUAGUAGUCGCUCACUUUCCUGAUUUUAAUCAACUUAAACCAUUUGAAUCAUUUAUCAAAGACCCUAAUAUUUUGACACAAAAAAAAUGUUAUUGUUAAAAGAGAUUAAAAGGUAAACAAGCAAAAUUAAUGAUUAAUCUGCAUAUACCUGUGAUUAUUGCAAUAUACGUGCUUAAUUGCAUAAGUUAACUUGAUAUUUUUGACAGCCCAAGUAGUAUGAUAAUAAUUCCGAACACAAAGCUAACGUGGAUAUUUUGUUCAGAUCUAUUGGUGUAUGUUGACAUAUAAUUAGAUUUUUUUAACUCAGAUUAAUCACACUUUUGAAUUGGGAUUAAUCAUGAUUAAUCACAAGUAUUGCUAGUAGUCGUUCACUUUCCUGAUUUUAAUCCAUUUAAACCAUUUGAAUUAUUUAUAGAAGACCCUAGUAUUUUGACAAAAAUUCAAUGUUAUUGUUAAAAGAGAUUAAAGGGUGAACAAGCAAAAUAAAUAAUUAAUCUGCAUACACCUGUGAUUAUUGCAAUAUAUGUGAUUAAUUACGUAAGUUAACUUGAUGUUUUGACAGCCCAAGUAAUACAAAAACUAAUUUGCCGUGUCAGUUCAAACACAAAGCUAACGUGGAUGUUUUGUUCAGCUAGCUUAGCACAUAUUGACAUAAACGGCUUUCCUUUUCGCAUCUUUAACGCACAAAGUGUAUCAAAGCGACUCCCCCGCAUCUUUCUUUAUUUUAUCAGCGUUGGCCUCGCUGCUGGUAAAACGUUUGGACACCCCUGCUCUGGGUAACUUUGCAAUUUUCCACUGACUCCAAACAACGCUCUAAUGUAAGUAAAGUAAGGCUCCACUUUUCCGAAAAUGCGCUAGCUUGAUGCUAAUUUACAUUGGCUAUGCUAUUGACAUAGCAUUAGUGAUGUCACAUUCAAAUUAGUCAGUGAAAACUGCAGCGCAGAGCAGAUGCACGUUGCAAUCGAACUGUGUCAUAAGUACAAUACUUACAGUAUUGACACAUUUUAGGGCGCAACAACAACAAAAAAGUUGCAACUGUAAAUGCAUCUUAAUGUCAUACUCCUCACAUUUUCGGUGAGCAGUCGUACUGAUUGGUUCAGAAUAUAUGUUCAGUUUUGCAAAUAUUGUGUGCUUUAAAAAAAAAUUUACAUUUUUGAACAAUUUAUUUCCCAUGUUUCGUGCAAAACAUGCAUCAAAUGAAAUUGAAGUGGGAUUAAAAUGCGUUAUGCUCUUCUUAGCCUGAAUGCCAUUCCCUGUUGGACAUAAUGAGUUAUUGUCACGUAACACACGUUUAGCGUGUGUGUUACUGUGAGCACGCUGCAAACAGCCCCUCCCAUGAGUGUUGAUUGUAUUUAUUAUUUGUCAUGUGCAGUAUUCACAACAUAUCUUUCUAGGGAUGCUUGUCAUGUUUUCAGAGGUUUCACAAUUGUUUUUUCAAUUAAACCUCAGUUCAUCUCUUAUCAGAAAA